AUGUUUGUAAUUAUUCCAGGAGUUGGAGUAGAUUGUCGUGAGGAAAACUGCCGCGGUGGAACUGUUUGUGUAAACGGAGUUUGUGUCCUCGAUCCAUGUCCGGCAAGUUGCCCUCCUGAUCAAUCGUGUAGACUAGGAGAAUGUCGCAUUAUGGAAGGACUACCAUGUGUAGCCGAAUGCAGCGGACCCUAUUCUUGCAUUGACGGACGCUGUAGAAGAAAUGGUAAUUUCUUGGAAUGA